AUGGAACCUCCAUCUCAUGUUAAACAUAUAAUAAAUAAUUAUAAUAAUAAUUUAAUUACAAAUAAUUUACAAAAUACUAAUAAUAAUGAAAAUAAUGAAAAUAAUAAUAUUAAUAAUAAUAAUAAUAAUAAUAAUAAUAAUAAUAAUAAUAAUAAUAGUUUAAACGCAUAUAUUUUAGAUUAUUUACAAAAGAAUAAUUAUAAGAGUACAGUGGAUGCAUUUAAAGCAGAAGUGAAAAUACCAUCAAAUGUACAAAUGAUUGAUACAGGUGGUAGUGGUAGUGGUAGUGUUGAUGGCAGUGGUAGUGGUAGCAGUAGUAGUGGUGAUAAUAUAAAUAAUAAUAGUGGUGGUGGUAGUGGUGAAAGUUUUUUAUGUGAAUGGUGGAAUAUGUUUUGGGAUGUAUUUUUUGCAAAAGCGAAUGGAAUGUCAUUGUCAAAUAAUGAGACAGUUAAGGCGUAUAUAAACUUCACCAAAUAUUUACACCAACAACAACAGCAACAAUUAGAUAUACAAAUACAACGACAAUCGGUACAAUUGCAACAACAAGCACAACAACAACAACAUCAAACCAUAAAUUUACAACAACAGAUACUACAACAACAACAAACCUAUCAACAAGCACAACAAGCACAACAUCAACAACAACAAUCUAAUCUACAACAACAAUCUCAACUACAACUUCAAAUACAACAACAACAACAACAAUUGGUUCAACAACAACAACAACAACAACAGCAACAACAACAUCAACAACAACAACAUCAACAAUUACAUCAACAACAAUAUCAACAAUAUCAACAGCAAUUACAACAACAACAACAUCAACAACAACAAUUACAACAACAACAUCAACAUUUACAAGCAAAUUUUAAUAAUGCUUUAAAUAAUUUAAAUAAUCAAAAUAAUCAAAAUAAUCAAAAUAAUCAAAAUAAUCAAAAUAAUCAAAAUUCUAAUAAUAAUAAUAAUAAUAAUAAUAAUAAUAAUAAUAAUAAUAAUAAUAAUAAUAAUAAUAUUAAUACUGCUUCACCAAUUACACAAACUUCACCAACUUCAUCUGUAUCUCCAUUAUCUUUAGCAAAUAAAUUACCACAACAACAACAACAUCAAAAUAAUAAUAAUUUACAAGCACCACAAACACCAAACUCAGGACCAAUUACAACACCAAAUCAACAUCCAACAUCAACACCAGCACAUGGACCACAUGGUCAAAUGACAUCACCUUUGGUGGCAACACCAGGACACGGACCACAACCAAAUAGUCAAUUCAAUUCACCACAACAAAAACCACCACAUCUUCAAAUUCAACAUCAAAUGAUGCAACAAAUUCAUCAACAGCAGCAACAACAACAACAACAACAACAACAACAACAACAACAACAACAACAACAACAACAACAACAACAACAACAACAAGGUCAACAACCACAAACACCUCAUACACCUCAUACUCCACAGCAAGGCCAACCUCAAACACCUCAUACACCUCAACAACCAAAUACACCUCAACAACAAAUUCAUAAUACACAACAACCAUCAACUCCAAAUCAAUCAAAUAAAGGUAAAAAAGAUAAAAAAGAUAAAUCAUCAAAUCAAACUGAUGAAAAAGAUGUAUUACCAUCAAAUGAUAAUCCAAAUAACAACAAUAAUAAUAAUAAUAAUAACGAACAACAUAAUGGAUCAGACCCAAUGAGCGGUAGUCCAAGUUCAAAACCAUCAACACCAAGAAAUAGUAUAUCAUUACCAAAUGGGGUAAUUCAGCCACAACCACAAAAUCAACAACAACAUCAACAAUUACAAAUGCAAAUGCAAAUGCAAUUGCAACAACAACAACAGCACCACCAACAAAAAAUGAAUGGGCCACAAGGUCAAAAUGUUCCUAUGCCAAGUCCAAGUCAAUCAAAACCUUAUCCAUUUGGUCAUCCCCCUUUCCAACAACAACAACAAAUGAACAAUCCACAACAAAUGAAUAAUCAACAACAAAUGAAUAAUCCACAACAAAUGAAUAAUCAACAACAACAACAACAAAUGAUACAUCAACAGCAAAUGAAUCAACAACAAAUGACACAUCAACAGCAAAUGAAUCAACAACAAAUGAACAACCAAACACAAGCAGCUGUUAUGGCUAAAUUAAUGGCAAGUCAAAAUAUGUCAUCACCACAAAAUCAAUCCAUUCAAUCACCACAUGCAAAUGGACCUCAAAAUCAAAAUCCAAAUCCAAAUCCAAAUCCAAAUCCAAAUCCAAAUCCAAAUCCAAAUCCAAAUCCAAAUCAAAAUCAAAAUCAAAAUCAAAAUCAAAAUCAAAAUCCAAAUCCAAAUCAAAAUCCAAAUCAACAAAAUAGUUAUAAUCAAUUCCAAAAUCAGUUUAAUAGUUUACAACAAAUGACCAAUCAACAACAAAUGAAUCAUCAACAAUACAUGAAUCAUCAGCAACAGAUGAAUCACCAACAACAAAUGAACAACAACAACAAUAAUAAUAAUAAUAAUAAUAAUCCCAACAAUAAUAGUAAUAAUAAUAAUCCCAACAAUAAUAGUAAUAAUAAUAAUCCCAACAAUAAUAGUAAUAAUAAUAACAAUAACAAUAAUCCUAAUAAUAAUAAUAAUGGUAAUAAUAAUAAUAAUCCUAAUAAUAAUAAUCCUAAUAAUCCUAAUAAUAAUAAUAAUAAUAAUAAUAAUAAUCCUAAUAAUAGUAAUAAUAAUCCUAACAAUCAACAAAAUCAAAAUCAACAUCCACCCCAAUCACCACAAAUGCAUAACCAAAUGAACCAACAGAAUCAGCAAUUAAUGCAUCAACAAUUUAUUCAUAAUCAACAUAUGCAACAAUUGCAACAACAGCAUAUGCAACAACAAAAUCAACAAAAUCAACAAAAUCAACAAAUAAAUCCACAAGGUCAACAAAAUGGUAUUUCUCACUCAUCACCAUCAACACCAACUGUAAAUAUAAAACAUCAUGAAGAGGAGAAGAGAGUGGGAAAAGUUCAACCACCAUCCCCAAUCAAAAAGAAAGGUUCUCAAGAUUUUACAAAUAUCCAACCACCAACCCCACCCGUAAAUAAUCACCAAAACCAAAACCAAAACCAGAAUCAAAAUCCAAACCAAAAUCAAAAUCAAAAUCAAAACCAAAAUCAAAACCCAAACCCAAACCCAAACCCAAACCCAAACCCAAACCCAAACCAAAACCCAAACCCAAACCAAAACCAAAACCAAAACCAAAACCAAAAUCAAGGUCAAAAUCAAAAUCAAAAUCAAAAUCAAAAUCAAAACCAAAAUCAAAAUCAAAAUCAAAAUCAAGGUCAAGGUCAAGGUCAAAAUCAAGGUCAAGGCCAAGGUCAAAAUCAAGGUCAAAAUCAAGGUCAAAAUCAAGGUCAAAAUCUAGGUCAAAAUCAAGGUCAAAAUCAGGGUCAUCCAAAUCAACAACAAGGUCAUCCACAUCAAUUCCAUAUGCAUCCGCACCAACAAGGUAUGAACCCUCAAUUAAUGCAACAACAUGGUCAAUUUCAAAAGGUUGUAAACGGGAUUCCAUAUCCACAAAUGCAAGGUGGAGCACAAAUUCAAUUUCACAGAGGACCACAGGGAAUGCCACAAGGAAUCCCUCAACAUAUGGUAGCAAAUGGACAACAAUAUUAUUGGAGUGCUUAUCCACCACCUCAAGGAAUGGGUCAACCUCCUCCUGGAUUUUACACUGGAAUGGCACAUGGAUUAGUACAACAAUUUCAGAAUCAAGCAGGACAUUUAGUUCCAAAUAAUCAUCCAAAUCAUCCAAAUAAUAAUCCUAAUAAUAACAAUAAUAACAAUAAUAAUAAUAAUAAUAAUAAUAAUAAUAAUAAUAAUAAUAAUAACAAUCCUAAUAACAAUAAUCCAAACAAUCCUAAUAAUAAUAACAACAAUAAUAACAAUAAUAAUAACAAUAAUAACCCUAAUAAUAAUAAUAAUCCUAAUAAUAAUAAUAAUAAUAAUAAUAAUAGUAGUAAUAAUAAUAAUAACAACAACAACAACAAUAAUAAUAAUAAUAACCCUAACCAAAACUCUCACGGUGUAAAUAUUUCUUCAACAGCAAGUCCAAACAUUAAUAAUAAUAAUAAUAACAGUAAUAAUAAUAAUAAUCAUCCUAAUAAUAACAAUAAUAAUAAUAAUAAUCCUAAUAAUAAUCCCAAUAAUAAUAAUAAUAAUAAUAAUAAUAAUAAUAAUAAUAAUAAUAACAAUAACAAUAACAAUAAUAAUAAUAAUCCUAAUAAUAAUCCUAAUAAUCAUAAUAGUCAUAAUAAUAAUUUACAUUCAUCAAAUGGUGUGCCAAACCUUGCAUCACCACCAAUUAAUUCACCACCUCAAACACCAAAUCCAUCAAACAGUAAUAGUAAUUUGGCAACAUCAACAACCACACCACCAAUAUCUAAUAAUAUUAAUAAUAACCAAAACUCAAGUUCAAAAUCAAGAAGUAGAUCAACUAAAAAGAGUUCUUCUUCUAAUGAUCUCGAAGUUGAAAAAAACAAAUCUCAAACAACAGCAUUAUCAGCAUCAUCCUCAUCAACAUCAGCAUCUUCUUCAAAAAAGAGAAAGCAUGUCGAAGAGGCAAAUAACAGUAAUAGUAAUAAAGGGUCAUCAUCUUCUAAACGUGGUUCAAUAUCCAAAUCAUCUACUGGUGGUAUACCAUCUCCACAAGUUGAUGGAACACCACCACAACAACUACCGCCUCAAUCACCACUUUCCUCUCCUUCUAAUAGUAGUAAUAUCAAUCAACAACAGCAACAACAACCACAACAACCACAACAACCACAACCACAACAACACAAUGCUGAAAAUAUUAAAACUAAUAUGCAUCCACCAGCUUCUACCAAUAUGCCACAAAAUCAAAACCAACAACCACCACCACCACCACCACCAAAUCAACAUCAACAUCACCCACAACACUUACAACAUGCUCAAAAUCAAGCACAUCAUAUAAUCCAACAACAACAAUUACAUCAACAACAAUUGCAUCAACAACAAAUGCAACAACAACAAAUGCAACAACAACAAAUGCAACAACAACAAAUGCAACAACAACAAAUGCAACAAAUGCAACAACAACAAAUACAACAGCAAAUGCAUAAUCAACAACAGCAACAACAAAAUCCAAAUCCAAAUCAACAACAACAACAAAAUCCAAAUCAACAACAACAACAACAAAAUCCAAAUCAACAACAAAAUCCAAAUCAACAACAAAUUCCAAAUCAACAACAAAUUCCAAACCAACAACAACAAAAUCCGAGCCAACAACAAAAUCCGAACCAACAACAAAAUUCAAACCAACAACAAAAUCCAAAUCAACAACAAAAUCCAAACCAACAACAAAUUCCAAACCAACAACAACAAAAUCCAAAUCAACAACAAAAUCCAAAUCAACAACAAAAUCCAAACCAACAACAACAAAAUCCAAACCAACAACAACAAAAUCCAAACCAACAACAAAAUCCAAACCAACAACAAAAUCCAAACCAACAACAAAAUCCAAACCAACAACAACAAAAUCCAAACCUACAACAACAUCCAAUGCAACAACAUCCAAUGCAACAACAUCCAAUGCAACAACAUCCAAUGCAUCAACAACAUCCAAUGCAUCAUCCAAUGCAUCAAGGUGGUCCACAACAAAGUGGCCACCCUCAAUUUCAUUUACAAAUGCACCAACAACAAAAUCCAAACCAACAACAACAACAACAACAACAAAAUCCAAAUCAACAACAACAACAACAAAAUCCAAAUCAACAACAAAAUCCAAAUCAACAAAAUCCAAAUCUACAACAAAAUCCAAAUCAACAAAAUCCAAACCAACAAAAUCCAAACCAACAAACUCCAAACCAACAUAUUCAAACAUUUUUAGAUUUCUCAUCAUUUGACUCUUCUAUUCCAAUGUCUUCUCCAUCAACCAACUCUCAACCUCAUAAUAUACACAAUAAUAAUUUUAAUAACCCUCAACAGCAAGGUACUUUGAAUACAAAUUCUCCAAAUUUUAAAAGUGUUACGGAACCAGAGAAUGGAAUUGAGGACGGUAUGUUUUUCAACACUAAUUAA